GAAAUUGGGAGAGGUGACAUAAAAUAUUGUUUCCCCUUUGAGAAUGUAUAAGUUAGGUAUUUCACGUAAUCAAACCAUGGAAAUUUUGACAGAUUGAAUCUUGUGUGAUUGUUUCAGUCGAGUUGAUCAACCGUUCUAUCUUGGGAAACCUCCGGUUGGACAUAAAUUAUGUGUUAACACAUUUCAUUGCAAUCUCGACCCAUAUUGUUAUUCGAAGAAUUCAAUAACACGGACGGAUGGUCAGAGUACAUAAUUUGAAGAUGAUGAGAGAAGCAAAAUUUUAUUUUAAAUAAAAACUUGAAUGUGUCAUUCAAUAAGAAGCGUGCCUCGCCAGAGCCCGACUGGAAACAUUCGAAUCGAACGCCUAAUCACGUCAAGUGUAGAGUUUGCUCAUUUCGAACGUCUGAUCAAUCGCAAAGAUGACUCAGAGCCCAGAAACUCCGGGACAAAUGUCCAACUUCUCUCUCCCAAGUGUCUUCAGUUCACUUCAUUCAGUUCAUAGGCUUAAAGAUUUAGAAAUAACGUCUCCGUCACAAGAAAGGACUCCAGGAAUCCGAAGGAAAAUUAUCAAAAGCACAGAACAGUUCUUUGGCCUUGGAGAUUGUGAGGAAGAGUCCUGUCAAAUCCAGCGAAAGUGGACUCAAAGGAAGAAGCGACACUAUGGCAAGCGAUACGGUGGUUUUGCUGAUGUUGUUGACGAUGUUGUUGAUGGCCAGCGUGCGGCAGCCCAGGAGGGGAGGCCACCAAGUGUCAGCAGUGACCUCAGUGUCGCCAGCAGUUAUUGGGACCCAUCACUCACUAGAACUCGCAGCCGGCGGAAGUCUGUUGCCAAAAUGGCAUGGAAGGAGUUGAAACAUAAGGCUCGUGCUGGCACUUUGGUGGCAGAGGCGUCACGUGCGCAGCCACCAAUCACUGCAUUGUUGGAAGCUGGGAGGAGCUUUUCACCUGCUGCAAUUGCGGAGCCAUUUGAUGACGUUGAUGGGUUAUCAACUGCCAGAGAACCUCGGAGGAGCUCAAGAGAACUUGAAGAUGAAGUAUUCUUUGACUUCGUCUCGGCCCGUGCGAAAAUGGGAAGACCAGAAAAGCCACUCCCUGCAAUCCCAGAGGACAAAGAUCAAUCGGAGGCACGUCCCAUGUCCAAGAUAUCAGAGAAAGGAGAGGAAGAGGAGAGAGAGCCACUGACUCCACAUGUGGGGAAGGACGAGGUGGAAGGACCGCAACAGUUGGAGUUUCCCAAACGGGUCCAACCACUCUCUGAGGUUCAAUUCAAGCAACUUCCUGCAGCCCCUCAGGCAAACAUACGUGGACAAAGGAUGAUUGGCAGGCCCGUUGCUAAGAAUGCGAACAGGCGCCAAUAUGGCCAGGGAUUGGUCGGUCGAUGGCUUAACAGAAGAGUGACUCGGAAGCGCCUACCAAGCAGCGUAAAAAAGCAGUUGGAUAGUCUGAGUGAUCAUAGACCUUUCUUUACCUACUAUGUGUCGUUUGUGCAAACAGUAGUACUUAUUGUCACACUCGCUGUGUAUGGCUUUGCACCCAUUGGUUUCACCAGAACGGAGAGAAGUGCAUUGGUUUUGAAGAGUCGUCAAGGCACCCUUGUCCCCGAGCUCCUCAAGGAGUCUGAUCCAGAUAGCUUCUGGAUCGGGACGCACCAUCAAGCAUUGAUUCACCUUGGUGCUAAGUUCGCACCAUGCAUGAGAAAGGACAACCUCCUAUAUGAGACACUAGAGAAAGAACGAUUGGAUGAAUCCAAGACAGGCUGCUGCAUUAAGACUGAUAACUCAGGCUGUAUGCAGACGUCUAGAACAGAAUGUUCGAGGGCAUUUGCCAACUUUAAAUACUAUACAAAUAAUAACAUGUCAAGGGCUGUAUGCGGUCAGGACCCUCAAUUAUGUACCGAUCCUCCAUCUGUUAAACCUUAUGAAUGGAACUACAUGGACAUCACUAAGUGGCCAAUCUGUAAGAAGAGCCAGAAGAAUGUGAGCCGUCUGGAUUACCCGCACAUGAACUGUGAGAUUACCGCCCGCCCUUGCUGCAUCAAGACGCAGGCGAGAUGUGAGAUGCUGAGCCGCAGUGAGUGCAGCUUCAAGAAGGGCUACUACUAUGAAAAUGCUACACUUUGUUCACAGGUUGAUUGCUUGGGGCCAAUCUGUGGAAUGAUUCCAUUCCUAAAGCAGCAUGUACCGGAUCAAAUAUAUAGACUGUGGAUGGCAAUUUUUCUACAUGCAGGUAUCAUUCAUCUGUUGUGUACAUUGGUGUUCAACUUCACGAUUCUCCGAGACUUGGAGCGCAUGGCUGGCUGGAUUCGCAUCAGCAUCAUCUACAUCUUUAGUGGUAUCGGUGGCUAUCUCAUCAGUGCCAUACUCAUACCAUACCAGGUUGAGGUUGGCCCUUCGGGUUCCAUGUUCGGGAUCAUAGCAUGUCUCUUCGUAGAGCUCAUCCAAUCCUGGCAAAUGGUAGCUCAGCCAAUCUUGGCUUUGCUCAAGCUCUGUGGAGUCGUCUUUCUUCUUCUAGUCGUUGGACUGCUUCCAUACGUCGACAACUUUGCACACAUGGCUGGCUUCUGCUUUGGCUUCUGCCUCGCUUUUAUCUUCCUCCCUUACGUUACCUUUGGUCGGUUCGACCGGAACCGGAAACGUGUUCAAAUCCUCGUGGCAUUUGCUGUGGUGAUUAUUAUGUACACAGUGGGAUUUAUCAUCUUCUUGGAAGUGCAGACUACCACGUGUUAUGGUUGCACCUAUUUGAACUGUAUUCCUUUCACUGUGGACUUCUGUGAACCUUAUAAUCUUGGCCAGAUGUUACAGCCACGUUCAGGCUAAUAAGAAACAUAAGGAGAGGGAUAUACCAAGUAAUUAGUGUCCACCUGAAAACAUGUGUUGUAACGUUUUAUGUACCCAUCUUGUACACGUAAUUCACACAAGAUGUUCACAUAACGUUCACAUGUUCUUAGAAAGAUGGAUAUUCUAAGCAAUGCAAGAGACAGGGGUGCUGUGCAUGUGAUGUGCCGGUAACAUAAUGUCCAGGUACUUGAGUGACUUAAAAACCCUAAGUGAGAUUUGUAGGAUGCAACCAAUUCAAAAUGUAUUUUCACAGCCACAUGUGCUACCAUGGCCAACUUAGCAGUUUUGUGAAGUAAGCCAAUAAGGAU